AUCCACUCUUGUCUUUCUGUUUUACACUAAUAUAGUAGCGUAGUAUAAUACACUUCUCAGUUUCCGUGGUUGGUCUCAGUCGGCUUAGAAACGUGUGGGAUGGUGAACGUGUGGGUUCGAUCGUGCUAGAAUCGAUGUAACGUGCUUUAAUAAGGAUAUUCCUCAGAUAGAAUAAUAUUAUAAAAAUCCCAAGAUGACUUUAUUAACUGUGAUAUUUGCCAUUUUAUUGCAUCCGUGUGUGUCUGAAAUACACAGAGGAGGAAUUUUGUUUCCAAGAAACUCAGAAACGAGGCAAGUAGUCUCUUUAGAUGGUAUUUGGAAUUUUAUAGCUCCAAAUAUUACGAAUCCGUUUAUUGGAUUCCAACAACAUUGGUAUAGAAAAAGUCUCAAAGAGGUUAAGGACUUUGAUAUGCAUUUAAUGCCUGUACCUGCUAGCUUUAACGACAUUACGACUGACUGGAAAAUUAGGGAUCAUUUAGGAUUAGUUUGGUAUGAUAGAUUCUUUUUUAUACCCAAGCAGUGGGAAGACGUUGGCAGAGUUUGGCUAAGAUUCGGAUCAAUUUCUUAUGCAGGUCAAGUAUGGAUCAAUGGCGAGUUGGUCAUGAGCCAUGAAAUAGGCCAUCUUCCGUUCGUUGCAGAAAUCACUGACUUUCUAAGAUUCGGAAAAGAAAAUUUGGUAACAGUGUCAUGUGAUAACACGCUACUUUCGGAUACAAUACCCCAAGGAAAGGUAGAUGAAUUAGUGAGCGGUCGAUUGGAUCAAACCUAUACAUUUGAUUUUUUUAACUAUGCUGGAAUUGAUAGACCAGUUUACUUGUAUACGACUCCUGCGACUUACAUUGAUGACAUUAGUGUAAUAACCACCGACAUUAAAGAAGCCACAGCACUAUUAGAGUACAACAUCACCAUACUUGGCAAUGCCACAAGCGCUAAUAGUUACUGUAAAAUUAACUUAAUUGAUAAGGAAAAUUAUAUAGUUUCCUCCAAUGAAGACGCUGGAAAUUGUAAUGGAAUUUUAAAAGUGAAAAAUCCUAAAUUGUGGUGGCCUUACUUGAUGGACGAUGAUCCAGGAUAUCAGUAUACAUUCCAGGUUGAAGUGACUUUCAAAGGCGUACUUGUCGAUAAAUAUUCUCUUCCUAUUGGUAUCAGAACUAUCUCAUGGACAAACAGUUCUUUGCUAAUAAACAACAAGCCUAUAUAUUUACACGGCUUUGGAAGACAUGAAGAUUCGGAUAUUAGGGGCAAAGGUCUGGAUCUACCGUUGGUCAUCAGAGACCAUAACUUAAUCAAGUGGAUAGGAGCCAACGCUUAUCGUACUUCCCAUUAUCCAUACGCAGAAGAAAUAAUGGAUAUUGCCGAUGAGUUAGGGAUAAUGAUUAUAGAUGAGUGCCCAAGCGUAAACACCGAAAUUUUCUCGGAUAGCCUCUUAGCGAAACACAAAAUUUCUUUGACGGAAUUAAUCAAAAGGGACAAAAAUCGUCCAGGAGUGAUAAUGUGGAGCGCUGCUAAUGAGCCUAGGACCCAGUAUCCAGCUGCUAAACUAUAUUUUAAACAAAUAAUAGAACAUAUCAAAAGUUUGGACUACACUAGACCCACGACGAUAGUAGAAGCACAGAAUUCAAAUAUUGUUGAAUCGUCAUUCUAUGUAGAUAUCAUCAGUUUCAACAGAUAUAACGGCUGGUACAGCAACGAGGGAAACUUAGAUGUGGUUACCUAUUACGUAAUUAAAGAAGCUCAAGCUUGGCACGACAGAUUUAACAAACCGGUAAUAAUGCAAGAAUACGGAGGAGAUACGUUAGAGGGACUUCAUUUUCUUCCUACAUUUGUUUGGUCAGAAGAAUAUCAAGUCCGUUUAAUGUCUGAACAUUUUAAGGCGUUUGAUCAGCUCAAGGAGAAAGGAUAUUUUAUAGGCGAAUUUAUAUGGAAUUUUGCCGAUUUUAAAACUGCUGAGACAUAUACAAGAGUUGGAGGAAAUAAAAAGGGAAUUUUCACUAGACAACGACAACCCAAAGCUAGUGCACAUCACCUAAGAAGACGAUAUUGGGGAUUAGCCAAGGACUAUAAUGGUAAUAUUUCCCUACCAAAUGAUCUCGAAUAUUAUUACAUUAAACAAGACUCUCAUAUUCAUUCUGAACUGUGAUUAUAAACCUUUUUAUAGAAUUUUAAGUAAAUAAAAUAAAAUAUAUUGUAG